AUGAAUGAUUUUAUGAUACAGCUAUUUCGGCCUUUCCGACAGCUUGUUCCUGUAAAUCUGAAAUGGAGUAGUAAUGUCUUGUAUGCAAACCAAUGGAACGAGAAUCCACAAGAUAUAACCCGAUUUGCUCCUGGAUGUGAAGAUUCGAUUAAAUUUUGCAAUGUUACCAAAUUCAUUGAACAAUCCAGACUACUCUUUUUCGACAAUGUUCAAGAAGAAUGUUUAAAGGGUGCCAAAAAUUUGGUUCCACAUGUUGUCCGAAGAUCAACCGGACCAACGAAUAUUGAUGAAGUAGUUGAUCGUAUUCAACUGUAUUGA